GAGCCUCCCGCGGGUAGUGCCGCGAGCGGCUGGCGAGGGGCUGGAAAUGAAAGUAAAGCUCCGGAGCCACAUGGACGGGGCUGCCGGGGCGGCGGCGCCGGGAGCACGAUGCGGCCGCCCGUAAUUAAAUAGCACUUACUCUUAUUAUUACUAAUAAUAAUAACGUAAUCAUACCUCUAGUCAUAGCAUACCAUUUAUCGGGCUCGGCGCAGGCCCGCGGGGGAGCGCAGCCCGGCCGAGAGACUGAUGGAGAGGCAGAAACGGAAGGCGGACAUCGAGAAGGGGCUGCAGUUCAUUCAGUCGACCCUACCCCUAAAGCAAGAAGAAUAUGAGGCCUUCCUGCUCAAGCUGGUGCAGAACUUGUUUGCUGAGGGCAAUGACCUAUUCCGGGAGAAGGACCACAAGCAGGCCCUGGUGCAGUACAUGGAAGGGCUGAACGUAGCCGACUACGCUGCCUCGGACCAGGUGGCCCUGCCCCGGGAGCUGCUGUGCAAGCUGCAUGUCAACAGGGCUGCCUGCUACUUCACCAUGGGCCUGUAUGAGAAGGCGCUGGAGGACAGUGAGAAGGCGCUGGGCCUGGACAGCGAGAACAUCCGAGCGCUGUUCCGUAAGGCACGCGCACUUAACGAGCUGGGCCGCCACAAGGAGGCCUAUGAGUGCAGCAGCCGGUGCUCCCUGGCCCUGCCCCACGAUGAAAGCGUGACUCAGCUUGGUCAGGAGCUGGCUCAGAAGCUAGGGCUGCGAGUUCGGAAGGCGUAUAAGAGGCCCCAGGAACUGGAAACCUUUUCUGCACUCAGUAAUGGCACAGCAACUGGCAUGGCAGAUCAGGGAACUUCCAAUGGAUUGGGGUCUAUCGAUGACAUUGAAACAGGACCCUCUGCGACUGCUGAGCCCAUCGCCCCUUCCACAGACUGCUACGUGGACCUGCGAGGCUCCCCGGCCCCCCUGCCCUCCACCCCCACGAUGCCCCUGUUCCCCCACGUUCUGGACCUGCUGGCCCCCUUGGACAGCGGCAGCAGGGUCUUCCCCAGCACUGAGAGCCUGGACGACUUCUCCGAUGGGGACGUUUUUGGUCCGGAGCUGGACACCCUCCUGGACUCACUGUCUCUAGUCCAGAGUGGCCUGCCUGGCAGCGGCCUGCCCAGUGAGUUGCCCCAGCUGAUACCCGUGUUCCCUGGCGGGACCCCACUGCUGCCACCUGUGGUGGGUGGCUCCGUGCCCGUCUCCAGCCCGCUGCCCCCCGCCUCCUUUGGCCUCGUCAUGGACUCCUCCAAGAAGCUGGCUGCCUCCAUGCUGGAUGCCCUCGACCCUCCAGGCUCCACUCUGGACUCCCUAGACCUACUGCCGUACUCUGAGACACGGCUGGAUGCCCUUGACAGCUUUGGGUCGGCCCGCAGCUCCCUGGACAAGCCUGACUCCUUCUCCGUGGAGGAGACCAAUGCACAGGACCAUCGUCCCCCAAGUGGUACUCAGAAGCUAGCCCCCUCGGCUGGCCCUUCUCCAGUACCCAAGAUGGCUGACCUCCUCCUGUCACAGCCAGAGCCCUCCAUGCCCAACACUGCGCUGCUCAUCAAGAACCCCUUGGCUGCCACCCACGAGUUCAAGCAGGCCUGCCAGCUCUGUUACCCUAAGACAGGCCCCAGGGCAGGCGACUACACCUACCGAGAGGGCCUUGAGCACAAGUGCAAGCGGGACAUCCUACUCGGCCGGCUCCGGAGCACUGAGGACCAGACCUGGAAACGCAUCCGGCCCCGGCCCACCAAGACCAGCUUCGUGGGCUCCUACUACCUGUGUAAAGACAUGAUUAACAAGCAGGACUGUAAGUACGGGGAUAACUGCACCUUCGCCUACCAUCAGGAGGAGAUCGACGUGUGGACUGAGGAGCGGAAGGGCACCCUCAACCGCGACCUACUCUUCGACCCGCUGGGGGGCAUCAAGCGUGGCAGUCUCACUAUCGCCAAGCUCCUUAAGGAGCACCAGGGCAUCUUCACCUUUCUCUGCGAGAUCUGCUUUGACAGUAAACCCCGGAUCAUCAGCAAGGGCACCAAGGACUCUCCAUCUGUCUGCUCUAACCUGGCCGCCAAGCACAGCUUCCACAACAACAAGUGCCUGGUGCACAUCGUCCGCUCCACCUCCCUCAAGUACUCCAAGAUCCGCCAGUUCCAGGAGCACUUCCAGUUUGACGUGUGCCGCCAUGAGGUGCGCUAUGGCUGCCUGCGGGAGGACAGCUGCCACUUCGCCCACAGCUUCAUUGAACUCAAGGUCUGGCUGCUGCAGCAGUACUCAGGUGAGCGGUGUGCAGGCAUGACCCAUGAAGACAUCGUCCAGGAAUCUAAGAAAUACUGGCAGCAGAUGGAGGCGCAUACAGGGAAAGCCAGCAGCAGCUUGGGCGCCCCACGGACGCACGGGCCCAGCACCUUUGACCUACAGAUGAAGUUCGUGUGCGGCCAGUGCUGGCGGAAUGGGCAGGUGGUGGAGCCUGACAAAGACCUCAAGUACUGUAGUGCCAAGGCCCGGCACUGCUGGACGAAGGAGCGGCGGGUCCUUCUGGUGAUGUCCAAGGCCAAGAGGAAGUGGGUGUCUGUGCGGCCGCUGCCCUCCAUCCGCAACUUCCCACAGCAAUACGAUCUCUGCAUCCACGCGCAGAAUGGCCGCAAGUGCCAGUACGUGGGGAACUGCUCCUUCGCACACAGCCCAGAGGAGAGGGAUAUGUGGACCUUCAUGAAGGAGAACAAGAUCCUGGACAUGCAGCAGACCUAUGACAUGUGGCUGAAGAAACACAACCCUGGGAAGCCUGGGGAGGGGACCCCGAUCAGCUCACGGGAAGGAGACAAGCAGAUCCAGAUGCCCACGGACUACGCCGACAUCAUGAUGGGCUACCACUGCUGGCUCUGCGGCAAGAACAGCAACAGCAAGAAGCAGUGGCAGCAGCAUAUCCAGUCCGAGAAGCACAAGGAGAAGGUCUUCACGUCCGACAGCGACGCCAGCGGCUGGGCCUACCGCUUCCCCAUGGGCGAGUUCCGGCUCUGUGACAGGCUCCAAAAAGGCAAGCCCUGCCCAGAUGGGGACAAGUGCCGCUGCGCCCAUGGGCAGGAGGAGCUCAAUGAGUGGUUGGACCGGCGCGAGGUGCUGAAGCAGAAGCUCGCCAAGGCCCGCAAGGACAUGCUUCUGUGCCCGCGGGACGAUGACUUCGGCAAGUACAACUUCCUGCUACAGGAGGGCGGGGAUGUUGCCGCCCCAGAAGCACCUGCUGCCACUGCCGCCGCCGCAGCCGCCGCCGCCGCCACCACCACCACCACCACCACCACCACCACCGGGGAGUAGGGCCAAGUCUUGGCCUUGGGCAAAGUCCUGGGGUCAGGGGUUAGGGUGGAGACAGAGGGCCUGAUAGAGGGGCCAGGGCAGGCCGGGACAGGGGGUGGGUAGCUGCCCUCGCCAGGCAGCCUCCAGCCCCCCAGGCCCCGUCUGUCCCUUCUGCCCCCACCACCCAGGUAUGCAGACCCAGGUGCACAUGCUGCAGCCCCAAGUGGUCCUGGGGUCCUCGUCCUGCUGAAAGCCUGGGCAGACCAGCUCCCCACCCCCACGGUUCUGCUGGCUGGGGGACGGGCCCUUAGCUGGCCCCUGCAGCUUCAGCCUACAGCUUUAAUUUCUGUCCUCUCCUGACGCUCAGGGCUGGGGAGCCUGGGGUCCCCACUUGAAUCUGCAGCAGGAGAUCCUUCUCCCUGCCCCACCCCACCACCCCCCCACCUCCCUGGGGGUAGAUCAGGACACAACCAAGGGCAGGAGGCCCCAUUAGCUUUAAAAUGCAGCCCCGGAUGAAGCUGGGAACACUGUACUGAUCACCUACCCCUGGGGCCUGAGUUUUCCCUCUGGGUGGGAGGGAGGGAGGGGCUGGGCUGGAUGAUCCCUGAAGCCAAAGGAGCCGUGUUCUCUUUAAUGACACAAUCUCUGGCCCCUCCAUGGUGGGCCCUGAAU